ACCGCCAGACCCAUAUGUUUAGCCCAGGUCUUAUAUUUGUCUGAAGCAAUCCACUACUGGUUGUAGCAGAAGGUCAAUAAACAAUUUAUCUGGCCUUCCUGUCCUCAACCAACAUCUAACAUUAACAACAUCAUCAGUUAUGAAUCCCACUGAAAAUAAUGAUUCCUGUUCAAUAUGAAUUUCCUGAGUUGACACAUGAUCAAAAGUAAUAUGUCUAUAAUAACCUAAUGUACUUGAAUGUAUCUUUUCUAAAAAUAUCCCCCUUAAACCUUUCAGCUGUGUCCUUCUCUACAUGGCCCCUGGGCAAUAUGAAGCUCAUAGUUAGGGUUAAGGGUUAGGAUGAGGAACCCUGGCAUGGGCACUGGGCAGAGAGAGGUCAGGGUGUUAGAAGGGUUAAGGGUUUUGAUUUGUUGUAUUGUGUGGUGGCCCCUCCCAGCCCCCUCCCCUGGGGUCCGUGGCCUUGGGGCCGUUAUAAAUAGUCCCGUGGGCUCCCCCUGCUCUGACAGUGAGGCUAAAUGUCUGCAGGACAUGCUCAACCUUUGUCUAUCAAUGUUCCUCUACUAACCACCAGCAGGGUUGGCAUAUAGAGACCAACGCUCCGCUCCACACAGACAGGACACAGGUCUCUAUGACUAGACUAGACAGAAAGCGACGUUGUAGGUCAUUGGAAGUCAGUAAAGUUAGUGACUCCUAGAGAGUUGCAUGUGGAACUGUUGUUUAAGUGCGGAAGCAUCUUUAGGUUUAGAGAGGCACUUUAUGCUUUUAAGUUUGCUGUCUUGUUUUUUGUUUAUACUACCUUGAAGGCAUCACUGAGAUAGUCAUUAUUGAUACGGUAAACAGAGCUUGGUGACUCAAAAGGAGAAUACACAUUUUCUCCUGUUUUCGCUCCUCUUUUCAUCCCUCCAUUGCUUUGGGGUAGCCUCUUGACUUUUUGGCCACAAUGUGGGAGUUCCGGUCCAUGUCGUUCUGGCGGGCAGUGUUUGCCGAGUUCUAUGGCACCAUGUUCUUUGUGUUCUUUGGUCUGGGGGCGGCUUUGCGCUGGACCACCGGGCCCCACAACGUUCUCCAUGUGGCCUUUUGCUUCGGCCUGGCCGCUGCCACCCUCAUCCAGUCCAUCGGUCACAUCAGCGGGGGACACAUCAACCCGGCCGUCACCUUCGCCUACCUGAUUGGCUCCCAGAUGUCCCUAUUCCGCGCCUUUUUCUACAUUGUGGCCCAGUGUCUGGGGGCGCUGGCCGGGGCCGCCGUGCUCUAUGGGGUCACCCCCAACAACAUGAGGGGAAAUCUGGCACUCAACACGCUGCAGCCAGGUAUCAGCCUGGGCAUGGCCACCACCAUGGAGGUGUUCCUCACUCUGCAGCUGGUUGUCUGCAUCUUCGCUGUGACAGAUGAGAGGCGUAAUGGACGCCUGGGCUCUGCCGCCCUAGCCAUCGGCUUCUCUGUCCUCAUAGGACACCUGCUGGGGAUGUACUACACUGGUACUGGAAUGAACCCUGCCAGGUCCUUCGCCCCCGCUGUCCUGGUCAGAAACUUUGUCAACCACUGGGUGUACUGGGUGGGUCCGAUGAUUGGUGGUGCUAUGGGAGCUAUUAUCUAUGAUUUCAUGCUGUUCCCCCGCAUGCGCGGUCUCUCUGAGAGGAUGGCCAUACUGAAGGGCACCAGGCCCCCAGAGGCUGAGAGCCAGCAGGACACCCGAGGAGAGGCCAUCGAGCUCAAGACUCAGGCCCUAUAAGCCUGGUGGAAGAAGGUUGGCUUUUUGAACCCCCUAUCCCCCUAUUCUGUACCCAAACCCCCUCCGAACCCUCAACCACACCCACCCAACACACACACAUACCUCUUCCCUCCCUUCCCAUUUAACCCACCCACACACAUAGUACAUAUGGACCAUAGACACAAACCCUCCUCACCCUCACAACAAUUCCACCUUCCUCACCAUCCUCAUUCUCACUCUGCUGAUCCAGAAACAGCCCUAACCACCCUCCAACACUCCACCACUGACCCUCACCCAUACCUCCCCCCUUGGACUGCAGGAUAAAGACGUAGGGUAAGAAGAGGACUUAGUUGCCACUGAAGAAAGCACCCUGCUGUGGCCUGUGGUGUAGGGAAUGGGUCACUCCUGGCUGACCAGGUGGCUAUAACUGCUCAGGACAGGGGCAUCUCUCUCUCUCUCUCUCUCUCGCUCGUUUGUAGUCUGCUAGGAGUGAAGCUACAGUAGAGCAGUGGACUUCUGCAUGCUUUUUAAAUUUUUUCAUCCAGUUUGAAUCUCUCCCUUGUGUUUUUUUUGUUUUUGUUUCAUGAAACUUCGGGAACCUGACAUGUAUGUUAUAUUAUACCUUUAAAGAAUUUAUGAGGAUUUUAUUCGACUCAAAUUCCAUUUUCAAGUCUUGCGUGUGUUGUGUGUGCGUGUUGUGUGCCUGUUUUAGCAAACCAUUUUUAUUCUGGCCUUUUUUCAUUACCACAAUUCCUUUGUUCGUUAUCAUGCUUUGUUGUCUUUAUUCAUCACACUGUAGCCUAUUCUAAGGGAAAGAAGCAUCCUUUGCCCCCCUCCUCCUUCAUUGAUUUUGCUACAGUAAAGUUCUGAUUCACUACUAGUUUUACAGACAUGUUUAGAGUGCUCCCCUUUUAUCGCAAAGCCCUUCAAUUUUUGCAUUGAAGUUAAAUUGUUCUGAGUCUGUGUCUCUUCAAGGGGAGCACAAACACAGUCAGAUUUAUAUCAGAAUAAACACACAACACACAAAAUUUAACAGGUCUUUUGUUAACUCAAUCUCCAUCUCUAUUUAAACACAUCUUGAAAGGGAAAGGGGGAUACCUAGUCAGUUGUACAACUGAAUGCAUUCAACUGAAAUGUGUCUUCCGCAUUUAACCCAACCCCUUCGAGUCAGAGAGGUGCGGGGGGUUGCCUUAAUUGUCAUCGGCGCCCGGGGAACAGUGGGUUAACUGCCCUGCUCAAGGACAGAACGACAGAUUUUUACCUUGUCAGCUCGAGGAUUCGAUCCACAAACCUUUUGGUUACUGGCGCAAGUCUCCUACUGCAAAGCUACCAAAUUGUACAUUAUUAUACAUUUUUUACUACAAAAUUCCACUUCUUUGACCUGUUGGCUCUCCUUGACUUCGAUACAGCCAUGUUAAGUGCCUAAGAAGAUAAAAGGGUUUUUACUGUAUGCAGUUCAGUACCAGUAUUGUCUGUACCAGACUGUUACGUUUUACUCCGUUUCUGGAAUGCCUUUUUUUUUCAUUAAAGCUUGUGCCCUUAAGAGCGGAUUUAUGUACAGACGUGUGACAGCUGGAUUGGCUUUCAUUUCGUGUCAUUUUAUGUAAUAACAACAACCAAAAACCUGACUGGCUUUGUUAUGUGGAUCAAGCUCGUUUUCUUAGUUGAUUGUAGUUCUUUCUUAUACAUAACCUUUUAAAGAAAAAAAAUUGCCCAAAUGUGGCUGAAAACCAAAAUGAGUGCAUGAUGAUGCAGUGGCUUCUUGCUGGUGUUAGCAGACACCUGGUGCGUUUUCUCUUCUCUCUAAGGGGAGAGGUUCUCUUUUCUCUCUAGGGGAAGCGGGAUCGAUUUAAGAUCAGGGAGUUAUUUUCAGUGUACCGGUAAGUCCAUCCACCUCUGAUAUCUAGUCUGUUUUGCCCUCCAAACUCAGGUUCUUAUAACCUGGUCCUAGUUCUGUUUGUGCUAUGUUGCCACCAAGUUAGCAAGACAGCACAAACAGAUCUGAAACCAGGCUAUGGUUCUUAAACCUGGGGGGUAAAAACAGAGAAGAAUCGAGAAGAUAAUCACCUAAACUGAGGCGAUUUAAUUCUUUAGCUUUGUGUUACUAGGUGUGGACGUGAGGUAAACUAAAUGUGCACCGGUAUGAUCUCUUCAUAACAUCUGCAUCAGAGGGACAUUAAACUUGGAGGUCAAACCCCCCUUUUUUGACUCCUAAGUCCUACUCUUCCCUCCAUUCCUCCUUCCUGCUUUCACACCCUACCUCCUCCCGCUGUUUACAAGGCGGCCAUUUUGUGUUCCGAUCUAAAGGUGACAGGAGAGUUGAUGCUGCAGGGACUCUUGUGAUGCGAUGGAGGGGUACUGCAGUGUUGAACCAGCUCAUAGUGUUAUUACAAACCACUUCCAUUUUCACUACUUGAUAGAGCAGUAAACUGAACAAGACAUGAAGCCGAUUCUCCUUUUACAUUCACUUUCAUUUCGCUUGAUUCCUCCAGCGGUAGAUAGAAUAGAUUUCCUUCCUUAUUUUAGUUUAUGACUUAUGUUGAACAUUUUGAAAUUAAAAUAAUUAUGUUUGUAUUCCAUUGAAAAGCUUUGUGAUGUACAGUGUAAAAUGUUAUUUUUUAAUUGACCAUGAUUGUUGAAACUGGAUGGAUAGACAAUAUAAUUUCAAAUCUAUACAAUGUCUCCUCUUUGGCCAUUUGGUUAUGAAAGGUAUGGGAAAAGAUGUGAUACAGUAUAACAAUAUGCUUGGAUCCUAUCAAGAACAUAUAAACAUACUUUCAUAAUCAGAGAACCCUGGAUUUAUUAUUUUAUAUGUUAAAAAAAACUUCAGAUUCUUCUGUCGGUCUGUUUUUUUCUAGAUUGAACUGUAGGAAAAAACAGUUUUGAUGUUCAUUAUUACCAGGGAGAUAGAUGACAGGUGUGUUAUAUCUUUAUUUUCACAAAACUCUCAAUUUUACACAAAUAUCUUUUGGUAAAUGAUGGGCACUGUCUCUACUGGUCUCAAUGACAUACAAUAUUACAAAGCGUUCAUUUAGGGUACUAAAUUCAAUAAUAUAAACUCAAUUGGCUCCAAUCCCCUUGAACCGAAUAUACAUUAUUUCUAACCAAAUUGUAAAAUCUAACCGCAAUAUAAAUUUGAUAUUUAUUAACUCCAACAGGGAUUGAAUUUAUGUAAGUAAAAAUGGACCUGGAAUUAAUGGUUUGUGCAUACAUCUUCGAUAAGGAGAAUAUUACCAACAUUAAGACCUCAAUUAGUGUGUGUUAGUGUUUACUAAAGUCUCAUGUUAUUCUCUCUGAAUGGCACAGUUGUGACAUUUAGCAUGCUCCUAUACUGACCCAACAGCAAAUCAUUUUAUUGAGGAAAAUGAAAACUUCAAGUGGGACUGUCCAAAAGGUAAGGUAUCCUAGACUGGCAGCACAUAAUAUUGAUAUGAUGGUUCCUAAUCUGAAUAGAUUCUCUCAAUAGCCUAUAUCUGAGUUUGUAGCCAUGGUAGACCAUCAGCACUACCUGGUGGCCAGAGGAUGUAUAAGCAUGUGAGACAAUGCUGAAAUAACAAAUUAUCUUUGUUCAUACCCUCUAUUGGAGACAUGUUAUUCUCACUUUAAGUAGCAAGAGACACUGUAUUAAACCGGACAACCUCCAAACAUCAACUUAGUCUCAGACAGUUUAUUAGAAAUACGUAAACAAAAAUUCCCACUGCAUUUAACAAACUGAAAUUUAUUUAACCUGAUCUGCAAAAAAAAAAGUUGCCGAAACAUAGUAGUGCAUUUGCUUUAACACUU